AUGGUUUUCGGACAAGCCACCCGCGCUCUUGUUAGAAGAUUUUCAACCACCGCCGCCAGGAGGAGCCAAGAAUGGCAGCAAGAAGGUGUUCCUGGAUCUAACCUGCCAUUUAAUAUCAACAACAAAUACAGGCUGACGCUGUACUUUGUCCUGUUCUUCAGCAGUGGUUUGAGUGCCCCAUUUCUCAUCAUGCGACGACAUCUGCUGCUGCAGUCCUCGCAUGACUAG